UGUUGUGUGGUCUACUUGUUACUUGUCCUCAGGAUCCGCUGAGGUAUUUAGAGGAAAUGAUCGUCAUUAUAAUGAAAAAUGGCCUCGAAAGUCUUCUAUGGGAUAUGUGCAUUGAUCCAUCAAUGAAACCCAAAAUUCGGAGACUAUCUGAAACUUACUUGGAACAACUUUUUGGAUUGGAUGAUCAGCUGAUGACUCCAGAAUUGAUGAUAAAAGCAUAUACUUUUUACACUGGACAUUUAGUGAAGACUCACUUUUGUAGUUGGAAAGACAUAGCAAUACCUCGCACAAGUGAAGAUGACAUUCUGGCUAAAAAAAUGGAAAAAGCAACAAAAUAUGACAAUUUCAGACUUCAAAAAUACAUAUUUUGUCACUGGCACUCUUAUGUGAAAGAUCAAAAAGAACAACUUAAAGAUACACUAUUGCGGAUACAACAGAUAUUCCAGUGUAACAGGCUAAUAAUCAUACUAACUAAAUGGAGGGAUAAAGCAAGACUUAAGUGUCAAGAGAGAGAAAAUUAUCUGAUAUUAAAACAUGAACUUCAAUUGAAAAAAUGGAGAAACAGGAUAAAAUACAAAAGAGCUGCUGAAGAACAAUUAAUUUCUCCUAAACAAAGUCUGUCUGGAGACUCUUCUGUAAGUGAGAUUUAUGAAUGUGACAUUUCACUAUUACCAGAAAGAGCAGUAUUACAGAUUUUCUUCUAUCUCAGUUUAAGAGAUGUGGUAAUAUGUGGUCAAGUUUGUCACUCCUGGAUGUCAAUGACACAAAAUAGCUUAUUGUGGAAUUACAUUGAUUUUUCCACAGUAAAAAAUGUGGGCAUGGAUAAGUAUAUAGUGUCUACUCUGCAAAGGUGGCGUCUAAAUGUGCUGCGCUUGAAUUUUCACGGUUGUCUUCUGCGAUGGAAAACGUUGAGAUCUGUCAGCCUCUGUAAAAAUUUGCAAGAGCUGAAUGUCUCUGACUGUACAACACUCACGGAUGAAUCAAUGAGAUACAUCUCUGAGUGUUGUCCUGGAGUCCUGAAUCUCAAUCUGUCUAACACAACUAUCACCAACAGGACAAUGCGACUCUUACCAAGGCACUUCCACAAUUUACAGAUUCUUAGUUUGGCUUACUGCAGAAAGUUCACAGACAAAGGUUUACAGUACCUGAGUUUAGGGAAUGGAUGCCACAAGCUCAUCUAUUUGGACCUUUCUGGCUGCACCCAGAUUUCAGUCCAAGGCUUCAGGAACAUUGCAAGCAGCUGCACUGGAAUCAUGCAUCUGACCAUCAAUGAUAUGCCAACUCUGACCGACAGCUGUUUAAAAGCUUUAGUUGAAAAAUGUCAUCGUAUUACAUCAGUGGUUUUCAUUGGUGCGCCACAUAUCUCCGAUCUUGCUUUCAAAGCUCUUUCUGCUUGUAACCUCAGCAAGAUACGAUUUGAAGGAAAUAAAAGGAUUACUGAUGCAUGCUUCAAGUUUAUAGACAAGCAUUAUCCAAACAUUAGUCACAUUUACAUGGUGAACUGCAAGGGAAUAACAGAUGGUAGCCUCAAGUCACUCUCACCUUUGAAGCAACUUAGUGUGUUGAAUUUGGCAAAUUGUGUAAGAAUUGGUGAUGUGGGACUAAAGCAAUUUCUUGAUGGUCCUGCGAGCACAAGGAUGAGAGAGCUAAAUUUAAGUAACUGCAUCCAACUGGGUGAUGCCUCUAUUAUGAAACUAUCAGACUGCUGCCCUAACUUAAACUACUUGAAUUUACGAAAUUGUGAAUAUUUGACUGACUUAGGAAUUGAAUAUAUCGUAAACAUCUUCUCCUUGAUAUCAUUAGAUCUCUCUGGAACAGAUAUCUCUAAUGAGGGUUUGGCGAUACUUUCUAGACAUAGAAAAUUAAAGGAACUUUCUCUAUCUGAGUGUUAUAAAAUCACCAAUGCUGGAAUUCAGGCAUUCUGCAAAGGCUCACAGAUCUUGGAACACUUGGAUGUCUCUUACUGCUCCCAACUAUCAGAUGAGUUUAUUACAACAGUGGCCAUUUAUUGCCUUAACCUCACAUCUCUCAGCAUUGCUGGCUGUUCAAAGAUUACUGACUCAGCAAUGGAGAUGUUAUCGGCAAAAUGCCAUUACCUACACAUUUUGGAUAUUUCUGGUUGUGUCCUGCUUACCGACCAAAUAUUUGAAGAUCUUCAGAGAGGCUGCAAACAACUCCGGAUCCUUAAGAUGCAAAACUGCAGACUUAUUUCCAAGGAGGCAGCUAAGAAAAUGUCAUCUAUAGUUCAGCAGCAGGAAUACAGCCCUAAUGAACCUCCACCUAUGAUGGAGAAGGCAAGUCUCUAACAGAGAGCAACAGGACAUACCACCACUUAAAGACACAGAAUUGACAGUGAAAGAGUCAACAUACAAUAGUGAAGAGGAAGUAGUAUGGCCUUCAACUCAAGCAGGAAGAACAAAAACAUCUAGAAUUUGGCAACUUCAUUUGAUGCAAGUAUUUUUAUUAGCUGGAUCUCAACAGUGUAAACAGCAGCAAAUUAUCUCCUGAUUCUUAUUCCAACUACAAAUACAUCAUUUCUAAAUACAUCAUUAAUUCUCCUGUCUAUAAUCAUGAUUUUUAAAAAGCCAAAUCAAGUACUACUAUAUAAAUUUUCCAUGUAAAUUUAUCAAGCCAAUAGUAUGAGAUUAUCAAAUCUGAGGUUACAGUUAUAUGAAACAAAUCUGAGAGAUGUGAUGUUUUUUGUCAAGGAAUUUAGAAGCUUCUCUUUAGAAAAGAAAGCAGAAAUGGCCUUGUAAGUCAGAGUAAGAGUUUGAGCCAGGGAAAAUUUAGGAUCUGUGGAGCUUUACUAUAAAGGACAUAAUCAUACAUUUUAAAAGGAAACAUGGCUUUCUUGUGAUUUCCAGAUAGUUAACAAGAAGACAGAACUAAAUGCCAAUUAACCCUGGACUCAUCUCAACAUCUGACUUAACUAUUAGGGGCAAAUUAAAUAGAAACAGGAACGAUCUGUGAAUAAUGUCCCUGCAAUGUCUUAGAUAAAUCUCUUUUUAAUCAGAUUUGCAUGAUAGGGGGAUUUUUAUUUUCUAAAAUAU